CGCGUCUGCGCAUUAGGUGGGCAUACUUUGAUAGAGCAAAUGAAAUUUGCAUUAAACGCGCAAAGGAAACAUUUUUGUCUCGCAUGGUCUAAGCGCGCGCUGAAAGUGUAUUUUAGGAGGACAACAAUUUUUUUUUGGAAAUCUUCCGAGUUUUAAGAUCUCUGGCGAAUAACCGGCGAGAGUCGGAAUUGAACGUAAGAAAAUUAUGCUUCCAACUUUAAAUUUUACCCCCGAGCAAGUGGCAUGUGUAUGCGAGGUACUCCAGCAUAGCAAUGACAUGGAAAGGCUAGCGAGGUUUCUAUGGUCUUUGCCAGAACACGACAGUGUGCAGAAGGAAGUGAGCGUUCUCAAGGCGAAGGCCGCGGUGUAUUUUCACCAAGGAAACUUUCAGGAGCUCUAUCGUAUCUUGGAGAGCAAUAAUUUCCCCGUUUCUUCGCACAACAAGCUGCAAUCGCUGUGGAUGAAGGCGCACUACAUCGAGGCGGAAAAAUUGAGAGGAAGGCCGUUGGGCGCCGUUGGAAAGUACAGAGUUCGACGGAAAUUUCCAUUACCGCGGACAAUAUGGGAUGGCGAGGAGACAAGCUAUUGCUUCAAAGAACGCUCGCGGAAUAUACUACGCGAAUGGUAUACGCACAAUCCUUACCCCUCUCCUCGGGAAAAACGCGAACUCGCAGAAGCCACCGGACUGACAACCACACAAGUGAGCAAUUGGUUUAAAAACAGAAGACAGCGCGAUCGAGCUGCCGAAGCUAAAAGCAGGGACCCUAACAAUAACACAAUGGACGAACAACACUCUCCGAAAAUGAAUCUAGUUACGCGUCAUAGCGGGCUGGACGGAAUGAAACAAAAUGGUUUAACUCAUGUGGAUUUUGGCUGUCUGCCUCCCUCACACAAUCCUCAGCCACCCAUCAAACUUGAAGCUCACGAGAUGCAACAAAUGCUCGCGGCAAAUGCACACCACGAAGCGAUGCUAGCACAAAACGUUGCCGAAUUUGCACAGUGUUUACCUGACUCACAUAUGCUCAACACACUUACACCCUCUCUUGUCGGACUCUGACUUAAAAACUAACGUAUUCCUCUAAUCGAUAGUCAAUUUUGGGAUAAAAUCAGGCUUUAGUACCUGUUAUACACAGGAAGUUAGGAUUCCUCUAAGCGCUAUAUUAACCUUCGUGAAAUUUCGUAAUUUUGACUUUUACUUUUGAACUCUCGCUGCGGGUGUUAAAAAGGUACCGUAUGCCGUUCUCUUUUAGGGAAAUUCAGUUGGUUUUUUUCACAUAUUAGCGUGCAUUUAUAUAGCAUAAAGCGUUAUAGGUGUGAAUUCGAACUGAUCAGUGAGACUGGUUCACACUUUACAGAGCGACUGUUAAACAGCGGCUGUUAACCUUUUCUCUAAAAAAAUACGUGUUUGGUUUUCCGCAAGAUAUUGCUGUAAAAUCGCUGUUCAUUUGCGUAAUGCCUUUAAGCGAUAAUUUGAUCUUUUUAGAUAGGAGCAAAUUUAACGAAACAAACGUUUACACCUUUAAUUCUUAAUAUACAAAAUCACAUUAACAUAUUAUGCGCCAGCCCAUAGGCUGGUCAAUAUUGUACAUACAAAUUAAUUGAUUCUUUAGCGCGGUCCGUUUUGCUAAGCUUUAUUGUACAAAUAGUGAUCAAAAGGGGUAGAAAUAUAAUUAUUCCAGGUGUACAAUGGACUUCAUAAACAAUUUGUAGGCAAACACUUAAGAGUAUAGAGAGGAAUCAUAGAAUUGUGGCUCAAGUAGUGUUGAAUUAUCUCUCCCAAAGUUGAUCAUUAUCUGUUGUAAACCAAAGCUUGCAUUUUAGCCCACAAAUAACUGUAAAUAUGUAGUAGAUGAUGUAUAGAGCUGGACAAUCUCUCAUGAAAUGAACACAAACAUUGUAAUUAUAUAUUCCUGUGAAUCAUUCCCAACCUUAAACUGGGGCUCAGAGUCCUGAGAUAUGGUUGUAUUAUACAAUUGAUUGGGUACACAAAAAUUCUAUAAUGGA